AUGCGUGGUCUGCUAGGCGUCUGUGUAUGGGAGAUCCUGUCGUUCGGUGUGAAGCCAUUUACAGGACUUACAAACACCGAUGUAAUGAGGCGUGUGGCUGGGGGUGAGCGACUUUCUCGGCCAGCAGUCUGUCCUCUGACGGCCUAUCGCCUUUUGCUCGACUGCUGGAUGACUGACCCAGUGCUGAGACCCACAUUCGCAGUUCUCAAACCGCGUCUUAGGUACACUUAA